AGUAGCAUGUGGAUUUCUCAGCCUUUCAGAUAGCUCUCAAAGAUACAUCAAAGACUGGACAGAAAGAAAGACAGGAGUGCAGGAACGAAGGAGCAGGAGGGUGUGGGAGGGGAGAGUGAGAAACAAAACCAGUCAAGGAAGAAACAAAAUGGCCGGCCUCUCCUCCGGUGCAUACACUGAGCCUGAGUUGCGUGCUCGACGUAUUCUGCUGAUAGGCGGCCAGCAGACUGGGAAAAGCUCAGGAGGCAACACCAUCCUGGGGAAGCAGGUGUUCCCAGAGGAAGUGACAUCAGACAGCGGUGCGUGCCGAGGGGAAGUGUUUGGGUGGAUAGUUACCGUGGUGGACACACCUGGCCUAGGCUGGGGGGAUGGAGAGAUGGACGCGGAUCAGCCGCAGGAGUCAGCUGACCCCUGGAACCUGAGCUCAGGUGUGCUGCUCUGCUCCCCGGGGCCUCAUGUCAUUCUCCUGGUGCUGUCUGUGUCUCAACCCCUCACUGAGAACCGCAUGAAAAUACUGGAGACUCACCUGGAGGGACUGGGCAGAGGUGUCUGGAGGCACACCAUUGUGUUAUUCACGGGUGUUGAUGCACUUGGUGAGGGAGGAUGCUUGGAAAGCCACAUCAUAGAGGGAGGAAAGCCCUUGCAGCACUUAGUGGAGAGGUGUGGUAACAGGUACUAUGGCUUAGACAACACUCGACCACGUGAAAGGACUCAGGUUCAGGAACUAAUGCUGAAGGUGGAAGAAGUGGUGGAGCAGAACCACGGAUGGUUCCUGGAGGUGGAUAGCAACUACAGAACAAGGAACAACCUGAUGUGGAAUGUAGCAGUAGAGGCAGAGAGGAGCGUGGUGGAGUCAUGGCACUUCCAGGAGAUGCCCAUGUAUAUACCGCCGCCAAGAGAGCUGAGGAUGAUUCUGCUGGGCUGGAAGGGUGUGGGGAAGAGCUUGGCGGGGAACACCAUGCUGGGCUUCCAGGGCUUUGACGUGGGCAAGCAGACGGAGGUAAGCCUUAGGAGACAGUCUCAGGUCUCGGGGCGCCGGGUCACAGUGGUGGACACCCCGGGCUGGGGCUGGUGGUCAGUGAAACAAACGUCACUGCGGGUGAAACGUGAAACGCGGAGGGCCGCCGAGCUUCUCCACCCGGGACCACAUGCCCUGCUUCUGGUGCUUCCUGUCGUGUCCUCCCUCACGUCCCGGAAGAGGUACGUCCUGGAGAACCACAUGGAGAAGAUCUUUGGCACGCAGUGGUCCCAGUACACUCUGGUGCUGUUCACCUGUGGGGACUGGCUCCGAGGUCUGGGGUAUUCCAUCGAGGAGCACAUCCAGAGAGGCGGGAAGGAGCUGGUCAAGCUGCUGGAGACCUGUGGGAAUGAUUACCAUGUCCUGGACAGCAAGAGCCCUGAGGGCCACAAACAAGUCCCCGAACUGCUGAACAAAGUAGAGGAGAUCAUCGCACAUAAUGCUACAGCGCCUUACUUGUACAUAGAGGUCAAUGAAGAGUCCGUGGGAAGAACUGAGUCUCCGGGAUGUGCAACAUGUAAUCUCCAGUAAGGAAAAGAUGCUGAACAAAAUGAGUCAGUCACAACAGUCACACACAACCUUGUACUGUGACUUGACAACCAAAGUGAUGUGGCAAGGCAUUCUAAAAUAGCACCAUGUUUAUGCAGUAUUGUCAAACGGCACAUAACCAUCCAGGUUUAUUUGUGUAUCUUUUGUGAAAUGUUGUUAAAUAUUGUUGAGGUAUCCUAUUUACUAUCAUUGGGCCUCAUUCACAUCCCACAUUCCACUGUGUAACUACCCUCGUGUUUACAGAGAUAACUUUUCCUUUUUAAACAAAUGAUGAAGCAGCCAAUUCUCUCAUAUUCAUCGUUACCUUUUACUUUUCUGUUCCAAAACCCCACUGUGUUUAAUUUAGCUAGCUUCUCUAGCAUGUGUGUGGUAUUGACCACUAUUGAUGCUGAGCCCUUCUUUGCGCCUUUGCACUUUGGCAGGAUACAACAAGAAAAACAUGCUUCAGUGAUUAUGACAUGCUAUUUAGUUGCAUGUUUAUAAGUUACUGUAUGAAGUUCUACCUGUUUGCACAUAACCAAGUCCUGCCUUUUGACAGAUUUCAGUUUUGAGAGCGCAUGGAUCCUCAGUGGAUAUUUCAGGCAAGCCUACAUACACAGUGGCAAUGACACUUCAGUCUUUGAUAUUCACACACCCAUUUUUUGGAACAUGCAGCUUAUGUCUGUCAGAUUUAAACACAUGGCCAUGAGCUUUGGCAUGGGUGUCCACUGGUACAUUUAGUGACAGCACCAGGUGCUCUGCACGGAUGGAGUGAAUUAAUUUAUAUAUAUUCAAGAUUCAAACAUUUAUCCAUAUGCUGCUGCUAUUGUCCAUUAGGUCAGUAUUGUAACUUAGGGGAUCACACUUCCUGAAACUACAAUGAUUACAAGAGGAUCCUUCCUAUCCUUCCAGGAUGAAUAGGAACCCUUGGCUAUUUCCAAGCCCGUGGGCCACGUGGAAAAGUCCCUGCAUGAUGCUCAGAGUUCUAUUAUGGAGUAGCCAUGCUGUCAUUUUGUGUAUUUGACUGUGUAUUGCUGCCUAUAUUCAGGCAGAUGUUUUUGCAAAAAUUGCACAUUUGUAGAAUUUUUUUUGUCCUGUAAGAAUUUUGAUUUUGGAGUGCUAGCCCUGAAUUCAAAGUUAGCCAGUAAUGACACGCCGCACUAUCCUUUGUCUGGUUUGUGGCUACUUUCAGGGCGGCUGACACCAGGGGGAAACCAAAAGGGCCCUCUAACCUUUAAAUAAUCUGCUGGAAUUAUCCGUCAUAUUUGUGUGAACUUCAUCUAGUACACAUAAAAGCUUGUAAUUUGUUUUAAAUGAUAGCAGAGGUGCAAGGAAAUGUAUGGUUAGGUAUUUGAAAAAAAGAUCUUGAAGUGUUAGAUGCAGCUGCAACAGGUACAGUCUCACCUGCAAUACAGGGUAUUAAUCAAGAACAAGGUGAGACAUCAAAUGUAGGUAGCUUAAACAUCUGGCCACCUAGCUUUAACUUUAAUAUCCAGUUAUUGGCUUGUAUAAAAGCCUAACACACCUCUUCCAGAAACAGUCUGGAGAUGGAAGUAGCUGCAGGAAGGAGAGAUCAUCAUCUUGUCCUGGAAAGAAGCGAGACACACGGCGGGCCUGUCACUGUCAUGCUAAAAGUUAUUUUCAUUAACAGAUUUAAUUUUCAACAUAUUCGCUGUAGUAAUACAUUGUAUUAACAAACUGCAUUAAUAUGAGAAUACAUUUUGCAAUAAAUUGUAUGACUGUAGACAUAGCCUACAACUUGAUUCACUCUGGAUUCUUAAAAAGUGACCGUGGAACUCAGUUGACGUUUCACCUUAUUGAAAUCGAUGUUUGUCAAAAGUAGUGCAAGUUGCUUGUUGCAUGUUUGUUGAACACAUCUUUCAAAGUGAUUAUAUUACCCAGAUAGCCAAAUUCUGAAGACAUCAACAUUCAUGCAUGGAACACCGAAAGACACAACAUAAUAAACAAAACAUGGAAGUACAGUAAUUCACACAUUACUCCCACUACACGCCACAAUAUGUAAAGUUGUUCAUGAGUCUUUUGAAACAACUUUAAAACGUAUAUGUUGUACAUAGCCUAAA